AUGGUGUAUGUAUGCCUUGUGAAAGGUUGUAUAAAUUUGUAUAAGUACACCGCAAAGAAGUGUAAACUGUUUAAGUUCCAUAAAGAUGAAUGUAUGUCGAAGCAAUGGUUGAUAAAUUGUAGUCGAGAAGAUUUAAUUGGAAAAUCAUUGACAUUCUUUAAGGUCUGUUCAGAUCAUUUCCUGGAGUGCAUGUACAAAAACAUAGGAAAAAAAGUUCUACUGCGCCAUGCUGUUCCUACUGACAUCACUAUAAUUCCUAAAGAAGAUCCUUGCAAUUCUACGACAUGUCUAGAUACAAGUAUUUCAGAUCCAAUAUUUAAUGCUUCAGUUUCUUCAAGUACACCAUUAAAACAAAAGGAGUCUUUUUCUAUUGCUUGUUCGGCAUCUCAAAGUUCAUCUCAUUCGGCCGAUCAAUCAAUUUCCUCAUCUACACAAACAACUCAAUAUCUCACAUUACAUACACCUAGAAAACAAAAGUGUAGAGCUCAACUUCAAACUAUUAAAAAUAAAUACGAACAAUUAGAACAAAAAUUUGAAGCAUUGAGUCAAGAAGCACAGAAAAAUUGUGAAAAUGAAAUAGAUGUUACCUCAGUCGAUUUAUUUAAUCGAGUUGUUGAAGCACAUUUACCUCCGAACCUGAGCAUGGUUAUUAAACAGUACGUACACAUGGGUAAGAGAAAACCUCAAGGCAUGCGGUAUUCUAAUCAAAUCAAGCAUCCAAGAACUUUACGUAGAAUAACACAGAAAAUUAAUAUAGAGCCUGGAUUAAAUGAUGUCAUAUUUGAAACCAUUGAGUUGAAGAUGAACAAUUUAAAAGACGAUUCAAAGAAUUGUGUUUUAUGUAUUGAUGAGAUGUCAAUUAAAACACAUUUAUUUUAUAAUUUGUCACAUGAUUAUAUUGUAGGAUUUAAUAAUUUAUACGAUAGAAAAACAUAUGAGCCAUCAAAGCAUGUACUCUGUUUUAUGUUAAGAAGCAUAAAUUAUAAUUGGAAGCAGCCUGUCGCAUAUUUUAUAAUCAACAUUAGUUGUUCUGGGCUUCAUCUACAAAAUACUAUAUUUGCAGUUAUUAGUCGUAUUCAAAAGAAAUCACUCAAGAUUAGAGUAUUAACAAGUGACCAAGGAUCUAAUUUUACCAGUUUUGCCAAGACAAUGAAUGUGUCAUGUGAACACGUUCGUGAAGUUGGCCCCCCCACUUUGUCCCACAGACUUCAAACUGGUAUCAAAAUUUUGCAAUUUUUAUGCAAUUAA